AAUAGCUUCUUAUCAGCCACGAUUUAUAACUUCGACGUCAAUUAGCACAACCCUAUGGCAUAAAAAAAACUUUAUGGGCUGGGAUACCGUUGCAUUGUCGGAGAUCAUCGUUUUCCGUAAACACCGGCCGUUCAACGUUUGCGGCCGGUGCAAACAUGGCACGACCAGAGGAGACUGGCCAUGGUUCUGCCACCUUUGGAACAUUUGAAGACCUCGGCCUCGCAAUAAUCGGCCUUGGUGUGGAAUAUCCGGCGUUCCAGCUCACCCCGACAGAUCUCAGGACUCUGGUUAAGCGUCAUUAUCGGGACUCUCCUGCUAUGUCCAAAGUCAUGACGAUUAACGACUACACCGGCAUAGACAUGCGCUCCUCGAUCGGUACUAUCGACGAUCCAUUUGUGAAUAGGAAAAAGGCGCCAGCCAUUGCCGAGCUUAGCAAAAUAUUUAUGAAAGAAGGGGUUGCCCUCGCCGUUACCGCGGCACAAAAAGCCCUUACAGAGGCAAGAAUAGAUGUCUCUGAUAUUACACAUAUCGUUAGCACUACAUGUACGAACAGCUCAAACCCGGGAUUUGAUCACUACGUAUGUAAGAAGCUUGGAGUAUCGCACACAGUUGAAAAAGUCUUAUUACACGGCGUUGGCUGCGCGGGCGGGCUGGCAGCGCUUAGAACGGCUGCGAAUAUUGCAAUGGGUUCUAGUUUUCGGCGGAGACCAGCAAGAGUACUUGUAAUGGCCCUUGAAAUAUGUACCUUUCUUGUCCGGAGCGAGAUGGAUAGCAUUGACAAAUUUCAAGAAACGAGGAUAGGCGUCUCGCUGUUCAGCGACUGCGCCAGCGCGCUAGUUUUGAGUAACGGGAUUGGAGCUGAGUGCGUCGAGGAGCCGAUAUAUGAACUACUGGGCUGGGGCCAUAAGAUCAUCCCCGAUACCGACCGAGACUUGGGGUUUAAUGUUGACCCAUUAGGCUGGAAAGUCGUCCUCUCACCUCGAGUUCCUAAGAUUGCCGAGACAGCCGUAGACCCAAUAUUCAGAAACCUCCUAUCAUCAAUACCUGGUCUCCCUCCUACCUACAACACCCCAGAGUCUUUCGACUGGGCCAUGCACCCCGGCGGCGCCACAAUCCUCUCUGGCGUAGAGAAAGCUAUGGGAAUAACGCCGGAGCACAUGCGCGCAUCAUAUGAUAUCUACAUUAAUCACGGAAACAGCUCCGCAGCAACAAUCAUAAGUGUCAUGGAUCGUCUACGACAUAAAGAUAUGGAUGCAUGUGCCCCAGACGGAAAGGUCAAAGAUUACGUAGUGGGAUGCGCUUUUGGGCCAGGGAUGGCCGUCGAGAUGUGCAUGCUGAAAAGGAACUUGAGCCAUCGAGGAAAAUCGCUACCAACCGGAGUAAUUACACUGCCAGAGACGGAAAGUGAAGAGAGCAGGAGCGAUGGCGAAGUUGAGCUAAGUUUGAGCGAAGUCUUAAACGGAGUCGAUCUUGACUGAAUCACCUUCCUUGCUGCUACUCGUGUCAUUAAGUACAAGAGCCGCCGUGUAUAACAGCUAGCGUGAACAGUAACUGUGAUCAAAAUAAUGAGCGCGCUCAAUCACUCGGAGUCAUAAUUGUCAUAUAUGGCUACUUCAACAAACUAGUUGCUUAGAAAUAGGACCAAGAAAGAAUACGGAUCUGGUUGAUUCCGGUGUUAGUUCUCAGCUAAUCAUGGUUCGUCGUCGGACCUUUGGGCGGCACGAGGAUUGUGGAAUUGAGAGCUGCUGAUAUGGGUCGGCUGGCUCCCAUUUUGACCUUGGAUAGCAAGCGGUUGAAUGGUUCCUUGGAUUGUUGAGUCAAAAUUCCUUCUAAAUACCCUGAAUUACAAUCUAGAGGUGUCAAAAAAGUAAUAAUCUACUGUAUAAUAGGAGUAGCGAAUGAUAGAAACUAC